UCUCGUGUCUAUUUCUUUGCCCGGGCGCGAUUGGUCACAGUCUAUUUGAUGGCAAUCGCAGCGACUAUGGUGUGUGGCUGUUAUCUGGUCCUCGUACUCACAGCGUGCCGGGGAUCAGCUUUUAGAACCGGGGUUCGGAGUCUUGCCUCCAAGCCCAGCUGGCACGCGGUUGAUCGUCUUCUCCAGGAGUCGACGAGUGCCGCUCCAGCAGCACCGCCGGAAGAGCGGCAGAUAGAGUAUUCGCCGUUUGUGAGCGGUUCCGUCACGCGUGUGACGUUGCAUACCCCGCGGGCGAAUGAGACGGCGGGGAAAGAUUGCCGGUCAGUAAUGACGGACCUGGUGGUUGGUUUGGGUGAAUUGUACUAUAUCCUUCACCAGUGCUGCCAAGUGGAUGGUACUCUCAAGGAUCGGUCGUUGUCGAUUAGGAGACUGAACUUAUCGCAGGUGCAGGACGGCGACGGCUCGAGCCCGCAGAAGGACGACGACUCCUUGAUAAGUUACAUGUGGCCAUACGGGCAGCCGAACGGGACAAUAAUCCGCGGGCCAGCGGAUUUUGGAGAUGUUCAGGUGACAGGAAUGGGUCUGUCGAAAGAUGCGAUGCAUCUCGUCUUGAGCGUAACCAAUGGGGACCCAAAAGUAAUGCGGGGCAAUGGUACCAUAUCUGGUGACCAGAAUCGCUCCAGGUUCACAUCUUUGUCGCUCGCUGACGGCUCUCGGUCGUCCUCCGACCCUUUGAGCACAUUGGUCCAGGCUUGGGCGUUAGAGUCUAAAAAGGGUUUUCUUUACUAUUUGCAACGUGAUUCCGCAUUAAUUAACGUCACCGUUAAUGAUGUCGGGCUUCCAGACGGCCCUCUGAACCAGGUGACCCGUUUAGGCUUUCAAACGGGUUUCGAUUCUGACGAGAAGUUCCAAUCAGGAAGCCUUCUCUCUGACGGCAGUUGCCUUUACUCCGUGGCUUCUAAUGACGGGCUGUUCGGGAGGGAGCUUGGGGAUGGAUAUUUCGACCACUCCAGAAUUGCAUACCCUUCCGUUCUACUCCUCGGGAAAGAGAUGGACGUGGUUGCAACUUCUCAAGGUUGUCACGUGUUCACGGCCGCAAACAUAACAAUCGAGGUCUUCAAACUCUUCAAAAGGACCGAAAGGACAUGCGGCAGGGUGGGAGCCAGGUCGGCACUCCCACGUUAUUUCGGCAAAGCGGAUCGUCGACGUCGAGAUCUGGAACCGGUCAGUAAUAACCAUACCGUUCUCGCCCGGCCGACGACUUCAUCUGUACAGGACUGCACUGCUUUGGAUUUCUGGGGACUGAGGCCGUCGCGCGUCAAGCAGUUUGGUUGGAAACUGCUGUCGGAUUGCACGGAGAAUUUUAGCGAGACCUAUCGCAUAGGGGACAAAGUGGCGUUUGGGAAAGUAUACAGGGGCUCGCUUGACGGCAAGGACGUGGCAAUCAAGGUGAUGACCGGUGAGCUGACGGACGUGAAACGGAACCAGUUCGUGGCGGAGGUGAACACUCUCAGUGCAGUUAAUCACGUCAAUCUCAUCCAGCUCACUGGUUACUGCCAGGAGGGCAACCAGUGCAUCUUGGUGUACCCGUACUUCAGAGGUGAAUGCUUGCACGAACGGUUGUUCCCUCACACUGCUAACCAUAGGGAACUCGCAGAGGAUUCUCCUCCGCCGCUCACUCUCCAGGAGCGCAUGAGCAUUGCCUUCCAGAUUGCCAGGGGGCUCCAGUACCUACACGAGGAUGCCAAGCCUCCCAUCAUUCAUCGGGACAUCAAGAGCAGCAACAUCCUGCUUGGCGAUGGCUGUGGGGACAAACUUUACGUAGUCGUGGCUGAUUUCGGACUGGCGGCCAUUGGGGAGAGGGUGCUGGACACAGGGCACGACCACGUUGUGAUCACAUCUCACAUUGGUGGCACCUUUGGGUACAUGUCGCCGGAGUACAUGCUGAGGGGCGAGCUGUCCGAGAAGAAUGAUGUGUACUCCUUUGGGGUUCUUAUACUGGAGCUGCUGACGGGAAGGAAGGUGGUCACACGGGCGCCUUCUGGGGUGGGAUGGCAGACACUGGUGGACUGCGUGAAGCCUUUCCUUCGCGGCGACAGUGAAACAGCCCAAGACCCGAGCCUGGACAUGCCACGGGCUAUUCUUGACCACUGUUUGUGGGAUCAGAUGGCGGGAGACUCUACGAAGCAGAUGUUGAUGAACACUUUCCGACUGGCGUGGGAAUGUGUCCAUGAGGAUUAUGGGUCAAGGCCGGCAAUGCGAUCUGUUGUGCAGCGCUUCCACAGCAUGCUUCUCGAUGUAGGAUGGGACUUCUUGAUCAGAACAAUGGACAUGGAGUACCUUCUGGCGAUGCCAGAGGCAGAGUAUACCAUCUGCAAGGACGAUGAUGCUGAGUCACAAGAGCAUCACGAAGUGCUCCUAGAGUGAGGGAAAGGAUGAGAACCGUAAAUACUCUUUGUAUAAUACAUAUAUGAAUUCCUUUGUGUCUUAGCGAGUGAUAGCCACUAGCAUGGUACUAUUGGGUAGAUCUCUAGCUCCUGAUCUGCUUAUUAACUGUUACAUGGAGUCUGCCUUGCGCACAGCCAGCAGGCUGGAAGGUGCUCAAAUCUUUCACUUGCGGGCAGAUGAAAGUCACUGUGCGGGCCAAAAGCUGAAAAUGCUAAUAUUUCGAUGUGUGGAACAUUCAUUAUAUUCAGCGAAAGUUUUCUUAGAGCAAGACCUUGUAUGCACUGGACGUCUUGCCAUUGGCUGUCGCGGACGUGUAAAAGUGUUAUGGCACUGUGGCAUUGGGCUUGUAGUAGUUGUCACCAACUCCACAUUCUGGUACUGAAUCUUCUCAAUGUAAAAGAGAGACUUUUAUAGUUUUUGAAGUACUUGCGACGGCCAGAGAUCAUCUCACAAAUCAAAGAGUUUAAAAAAAAACAAAAACAAAUCAAAGAGUUCAGAAAUC